AUGCUCACUACCACGACUACAAUCGUCAACGCCGCACCAAACACGGUCCCCUUGAAGGGACAGCGCGGCACUGACGACUAUCUCGAGAACAGCAACGGCCUCAAGCACAACUACGAGAACACCCAGGUCGGCGGCGUCACCGACUUGCUCGAGAAGCAGGUCAAGACCAAGUUUGGCGACUGGCGAGACCAGUUCUUCCAGGAUGGAUACGUCGUCAUCAAGAAUGCCAUUCCUCGUGAGCGCGCCCUCGACUAUCAGCGACGAGCGCUGGAAUGGUUCAGCAAAUUCCCAUUUGGCUUCGAUACAAAUGAUAGGAGCACUUGGGUGCAAGAACAUCUGCCUGUCAUGAUGAAGGGUGGCAUGAUUCUCAACUACUGCGCAUCCCAUGAGAAGUUUGUGUGGGAAGCCAGAUGCGAGGAUGGUGUGAUCAAACCAUUUGCUGAACUCUGGGGCACUGAUGAGCUGCUCGUCUCCUUUGAUGCAGUCAACAUCACACUACCUGGUCGGACUGACGUCAAGUGGUCUCCUUGGCCGCAUGUAGACCAGAGCCCUACACGCAAGGGUCUCUCCUGCGCUCAAGGCAUCAUCAACCUCUCCGAGGCCGGACCCCUUGAUGGAGGCUUGCAACUUCUCCAGGGAAGCUCUGAGCUGUUUGAGCAGUUCUUCAAAGAGCACCCACCCAAGGCCAAGGACGCUGAUGCCCCAGGCCAACUGGACUGGUACGGCUUCACUCUCGAUGAUGUCAAGUGGUUUGAGGACCACGGCUGCAAGCUCAUCAAGGUCAACGCCGAGCCUGGCGACGUCAUUAUCUGGGACUCGCGUACAGUCCACUACGCCAAGUUGCCUGAGAGCGACACCAUCCGCACCAUCAUCUAUGCUACCUACACACCGGCCAGCUUGGCCAGCCCCGCCGACCUCGUCCUCAAGGCUGAGCUGUUCAAUCGAUACGAGGGCACCACUCACUGGCCCCACUGCAACAUUUUUGGGCAAGGAAAGGCUAUCAGGAACGGCAAGCCUUGCCCUGGUGAACGUGAUGAGCCGCUUGAGCAGCCGGAACUGACAGACAAGCUACUGAAGCUGGCAGGAGUGAAGCCAUACUGA